AUGAAGGGCGUGUUCGGUGCAGCAGGGCUGUUGAGCCUGCUUUGUCAAAAUGCUCUCGCUGUCGAGCUCACGAUGACCGAUGAUGAAUCCAUAAAGGCUGCGGCGGGCACGAUAGCAUUCGGCUUGAUGAAGUACUACACGGGCAACAACACAGGCGAUGUCCCCGGCAAACCUACCGUCGCCGACGAGAGCUACAAUCCCGUGGUCACGCAGGCGAUGCUGCACCAGGCGGGCGACGACCGGGACUACAUGCCGGCCAACCAGACGCGGACGGAGGGCAACGACGAUCAGGGAUUCUGGGCGAUGGCGGCCAUGUCGGCAGCGGAAAACAGAUUCCCAGACCCGCCGCCGGACCAGCCGCAGUGGCUGGCGCUCGCGCAGGCCGUGUUCAACGAGUACACGACGCGGUGGGACGAGCAGACGUGCAACGGCGGGCUGCGGUGGCAGAUCUUCACGUUCAACAACGGCUUCAACUACAAGAACUCCAUCUCGAACGGGUGCUUCUUCAACCUCGCGGCGCGGCUGGCGCGGUUCACGGGCAACCAGACGUACGCGGACUGGGCGCAGAGGGUGUUUGAGUGGGAGCAGGGCGUCAACCUGAUCACGCCCGACUUCCGCAUCUACGACGGGGCCGGGGUGGACGACGGGGCCAACUGCACCAAGCCGGACGUGAUCCAGUGGACAUACAACGCAGGCAUCUACAUGCACGGGUCGGCCAUCAUGUACAACAUCACCUCGGGCGGGGAGCAGGCCGAGUGGAAGAAGCGGCUGGACGGGAUCCUGACCGAGACGCAGGCGGUCUUCUUCAACGAUAGCAUCCUGAUGGAGCAGGCUUGCGAGAACGUCGAGCUAUGCGACACGGACCAGCAGAGCUUCAAGGGCUACCUGCUGCGGUGGAUGUCGGGCACGACGCAGGUGGCGCCCUACACCUUCGACACCAUCAUGCCGCUGCUGCAGAAGACGGCGCCGGCGGCCGCCAAGGCGUGUUCCGGGUCGCCGGCCGAGGGCUUCAACGGCAAGCCCGGCACGGCGUGCGGGUUCAAGUGGACAACGGGCGGCUUCGACGGGCUGGUCGGCGUGGGCCAGCAGAUGAGCGCGCUCUCGGCCGUCAUGUACUCGCUCACCAAGAGGGUGGACGGCGGCGGGAGCGGUGGUGCUGGAGGUGGAAGUGGCGGCGGCGGCGGCGGGUCUACGGCGCCCGUCACGGCCAACACGGGUGGAACUUCGCAGGGCGACCCCAACGCCGGAAUCGAGAACAAGGACAAGCUGCCCGUGCUGGAGCCGAUCACGAUGGGCGAAAGGGUGGCGGCCGGGUUCAUGACGAGUGCGAUCGCGCUCAGCAUCAUAGGGGGUUCGGUUUUUGUUAUGAAAUGA